ACCGUAGUUAUUUUUGCGUCGGACCGCGGGCACAACGCUGCAAAAUCAGACUCCUGUAGUUUGUAGUUCACACAUUCUUCAAGUUUUUCUUUAGAAGACGAAAAUAAAUUGAGGUAGUUGAAGUUGUAAUGGUGUUAAACACUACUGCGUGAGGCCGUUUAAUGUCCUGUACUUUGGCUUGACUUUAAAAAAAGACUCUUAAACACAACAUAUUAAGCGGAAAACAGCCUCUCUGUGGCCGCUUGUUCGAAUGUCCUGCACGCUGGUUGGCGCCUCUGGAGCUCGGAUCCCCCUGGAAGAUGGACGGGCUGUGAUUCUGGGCCGGGGUCCGGACACUGGUGUCACAGAUAAGAAGUGCUCCAGACAUCAGGUGAAGGUGGUGGCUUGCUUUGCAGACCAGGAUGUUGUUGUUACACAGCUGGGUCCCAACCCCAGUUCCCUGGAUGGUGAGAAGCUGGGCCGGGGUCAGUCUGGUAAACUCAGCCACGGAGGUACUCUCUACCUAGUUAACCAGAGCCACCCAUUCACACUGAACUACUCUCUGAGCUCCAAUGGGAUCACCUCCAGCACGGCACAGAGAGGGCUGAAAGCAGCAGAUAAGACAAAAGGAGGGACGAGUUCAAAAGAAAAAGAGGCACAGUCCAGUCCCACACCCAAACGCAACAUAAAGGAUUUCUUCCCCAGCUCUCCCAUGAAGUCAUCUAAAAGGCAACUGAGCCCAAAGAAAGAGCAACCUGAGGUGAAGCGCCAAAGAAUAGAGGAGGAAGCUUCUGAUUGGCAGAUGAAAGAGGAGGAGGAGGAGGAUGAGGAGGAGAGACUGGCUGGCGAACGGCUUAAGUACCUUCAGGAAUUUGCCAAAAAGUCCCUGACAGAGGAGAGCAGCAGCAACCAGCCGUCAUCGUCUUCAAAACCAAUUCUAAAGAGCAGCUGGCAGCAGUUUGGCAGCUUAAUGGUUUACACAGCUGCUGGUGUCAAAGGGAGCGACAAGAUUAACCUUCGCAUUAACUCAAUCACAUACAAGCUGCACAAACAUGCACACACAGCGUGUGACUUACAUCUGUGCUCAGAUGCCGCAGGAAGACCAGAAAACUGGGCUCCAGGGAAGAAGAAAAAGGACUUCUCCUGCAGUGAUCGCUUGUUUGCUCUGAACCUCGGAUUGCAGUUCUACACCCCAGAGGAGUACUUUUUGGGUUGGAAGCGUGCCCCCUACAGCCUGCCUGAAUUUAACCCUUCUAAGCUCGACUCUGCUGCCAGGCUGUACGACCCACCGUCCGCCUCCCUCACCUCCGGUGACACCGAAGUCAUUGUUGCCGUGGGAUUCCCAGCAUCGGGUAAAUCCACCUUCUUCCACACCCACGUUAUUCCAAAGGGCUACGUUUAUGUCAACAGGGACACACUCGGUUCGUGGCAAAACUGCGUGUCGGCAUGUGAGCGCGCUCUGAAGGAGGGCCACAGCGUCGCCGUAGACAACACAAAUCCAGACCCAGAGUCUCGCAAACGCUAUGUGGAUGUGGCCAAAGCAGCAGGUGUUCCUUGUCGCUGCUUUCACUUCUCUGCCACUCUGGAGCAGGCCAAACACAACAACAGGUUCCGUGAGAUGGCUCCGUCAGACAGCAAACACGCCAAGGUCAAUGACAUGGUUUUCCACAGCUAUAAGAAACAUUUCCAGGCUCCUGCUCUCUCCGAGGGAUUCUCCGAGAUCCUCCAAAUCCAUUUUGUUCCAAGCUUCAAAGACGAGCAAUCAGAAACUCUGUUCAGACAGUUUUCUGAGGGCUGACUGGACACCUUUUACUUUUCUGACAAAGAAAAAACACAAAUGGUACCCAGUAACAUCAGCAGACAUCCACAUUUAUUUCAGUCCAGUGUUUUAAGAUCUCUAGCCACAAAGUCCAACUCCAAAAUCAGAGACGUUAUUAAAACGGUGUUUUAACAAAGGCCAGUUGAACAUCUAUAUGAAUGAACAUAACAGUAGUUUGAUGCGUCACGUAGUAUGUAUGUUGUGUAAUUUUACUGCACGGCUUGAAUAUGUCAAUAAAGCUUUAGAAAAUCUA